CUGACAGCACCAUCAGCUUCGAAACAGAAUUCCUCGGCAAAGAAAUAAGUACUGCUUUGAGAAAUAAAGACUCUACCCGCCCAGCAUUUUUAGCAUUGUUGACAACAAUUUUUAUAUGCAAACAUUUUAUUUAUCUGCAAAAGUAAAACGCCUUAUAGAAGAAGGUAUCUGAAUCCUUGGACAGAAAACGAACUCGUGCUGAUCUACAACUUCCCUGGCUUGUAAGUAUUUUCUUCGACAACUUCAAAGAAGUACAACAACACAAGGACACAGGAUGUUCUACCGCUCCCUCCUGUUCGCCGCCGCGGCCGCCACAGGCGCCGAAGCCGUGAUGAGCGCCGAGCAGAUGGACCGCCUCAACCUGUCCGAAGAGGAUGCGUAUAUCACGCUCUUCAACGAGAAGCAAUCCCCGGAGGUGGAGGCGGCGUUCAAACAGGCGUACGACCACCUUGCGAAGGACUUCGUAUCAAGAGCAAAUAUGUCUGGGUCUGGACACUUGUGAUGCUAAAGUAUGGAUACGUCUGGCUAGCUCUAGUGCAGCCAAGCAUGACAAGUUCGCUUGACGCCGUCUGAUGCGUAGAACGCACGACAAACUGCUUUUUUGCAUGAAGAAAAGGUGGCGCCUUUGCUGGCUGCGCAAUACAAAUUUUUCAGGAAUGCAAAACACGCAAUACCAGAUCCAGACACUUUUGCAAUGCAUACUUCGACACGGCCGCCUACAAGCAGCACGUCGACCAACUGCACCAAGCGGUGUCGUUUCUCAAGGCCUCUCCCGGCUACAAGUCCUCCGUCGCGGUAGGCAUUGCAAAUAAGUAUCGUACUAGUCGCCAUUGCAUGACCGACGAACUUUUCCGAAAAUAACAAAAGUGCAAGAAUUUGUCAUCCUACUCUAGUAUAACCCUAGGAAGAAGAAUUGUAGUAGAACAUGCGUUGCAAUUAGUAGAACCACGGCGAUACAACUUUUGCAUUGCAUACGGGGGUGCCCACUGCGACUUCGGUAUCCCCCCGCCGGCUGCGGCGCUGAAGGGCGUUUCCCCCUUUCCGGGAGGGGUCGUCAGCCGGUUGUUUGGCUUCGACAUCGCAAAACUCACAUCCGACCUGGCCAGCAAAGCCUCCGGCGCCGCCGGGGCCGCGGGCGGCAUGCCGAUCAUGCUGGCGGUCAGCGGGCUGGCGUCCGGCGCGGGGUUGAUUCAGGGCGCCAUUAUAGCGGUCUCAGUUGUUACAUUCUCAACUGUUACAUGACUUUGUGAUGCAAGAAUGACAACCGUGAAAGGGGUGACCUUGCGCGUCUUGCAUGACAGAGCUGGCACAGAUUCUCGGCCUGUUUGGCUCUUCCUCUUCGAUAAUUUGUCAUGCGAAGCAGCUUGAUCGUGUCAAUUCUAAUUGUAAUUUUGCAUGACAAAUCAUCUAACAGGUGAAAAUGUAACGUUUGAGAACGCCAUAGCCAUGAACAUCGUGCUGCAGAUCGUGCCCCCACUGAUCCCGCCGCCAAUCUGGAUCAACCAGCCACUGUAUAAAAUGCAAAUAUGUCUCGGUCGGGAAGCGGAAGAGUGUAAACUUGUCAUGCAGGUUUUCCAUGACCCACGAGGUCUGAUAUGUAGGACAUAGCAUGACAGAUUCUGUGAGAGUUAUAUCAUGCCUAUCCUGCAUGAGAAACUGCCUCUCAAUUAUGUCAAAAGUGGACAGCUUUUUUUGGUAAUCAUGCAUAUGCAACACAGACUUGUACAUGAUUCAGAUUUAGCAUGACAAGCUCUUUUGGUCCAGACCCAGACAUAUUUGCAUUUCAUACACUGCCCUGUCUGCCGAUGAUCACCGGACACAACUGCUUUGUACCCUGAGUGAAAACGCUCCCACCCCAUAGUCGAGAUGGGAAAUCUGCUAGACAAAUCGAAAAGCUUUAGCUAGUGCAGCAGCAUCAAAGAUCUCGCACAUCAUGCUAAUUCAAGCAUCACAAAUCUCAAAACACAGCUAGAAACUGCUUCUCAUGGGUCUCCGCAUGAGAAACAUUUUUGCAAUCAUGCAGAUUUGCAUUACAACUGAUUCUGGGGUGGGGACGUUUCUAGUACACGGGAUACCUUGGCGCGGUGCUCUACCCCAUCACGGCGGCGGACUUCGUCAUCGCGGACGUCACCGAUGCGCAACUGGAUGGCGUGUAUCCUGAGGAAAAACGUCUCCACUCCAGAAUCAAGAUGGGGACUUCGCAACACAAACUUUAGAAGCUUUGGGAGUCACGCAUGACAAGUUGCGGUCCGUAUUGUAGCGCAGGUUAGCAAGGGCAGCGGCAUUGCAAACCCAGCUGAUCAUCCUGUUUACAGCAUUACAAAUGUCAAACCACGACUGGAAAUGCCUGUCGUGGGGCUGUGCAUCACAAACGUUCUUGUCGUUGCAAAUCUACUUUUGGGUGGGGACGUUUCUGCACGGGAUAGCGUGAUCGCGGGCUUUCCGGGGCUGUUCAAGGAUCGGAUUGGAAAGGCGCCGGAUCAGCUGUACAAGGCCUGCUACGCCUCCUACAUGUCGCAGCAGUGCGCCAGCAUCUUCCCGCGCUGCAACUCCCCGAUGUCCCGCUACGAGCCUACGCCGGUGGGACGCCUGCCGAUGUGCUUCACGCACUGCAUCUUGACGCUGGUGUCCUGCCCAGGUACUUCCUAUAAAAAUGAUCAUGCAAAGGCAAAGUAGAAUUAUUACCGAUACGCUGGUGUCAUUGGUUGAGAGAGAAACAAUUGGGGAUUGAAAUUCUGACUGUUGAUGAUAUGUUUUCGCCGUCGCCGUGUCGUGACCGCUAUAUUUACUUUUUUGCUUUGUAUUCAAAAAAAAUACAACAUCACUAUCAUAUUCCAUUUCAGGUUUUUGGAUCACGGACAUUAUGGAUGAGUGCAUGACGGUUUCCGCGCCCCCGAUGUGCACCAUGGCCGUUUUCUGGAACCUUGCGUCCCUGCCGCCGCAGUACUCUUCUUUUGAAGACAGCCAGCCCCCGCCCGAGGAGUGCCCCUCGGCGCCGGCGUCCCUGGCCGCGGUCGAGAACGCCAAGAGCGACUUCGAUCUCUACAGCACCGGAAAGGACGAAAUUCUGCCGUCGCCCUUCAGCGGCACGGGCGUGUCCAAGGUGCCCAACGCGUGAACUGUUUUUUGUGCAUUUAUCUGACGUUACACUCUGAUGUUUCCAAAUGUGCUUGAUAUCUCCUCGAGUCACCUUCAAUUUUGGAUAAAUGCACCUUGUGGACGAGGUUGUUUCUAUCAUCCUCACACUGUUUCUUGGACUUUUGAUUUUGGAAGAGCUUCGGCCUUGUUAAUUUUUUGCUUGAAAUGAAAAAUAAAAAAAAAUGCGACGAGUGAUUGAAGGACCUCGGCUGGCCGAGUCUUGCUUCUGUCCUGGAUGCGGUCGCGCUGCCAUAUUGAUAUUCUUUAUCUGUUCGUGGCGAGGGAUUCGAUCGCCGCAAAAAAAUAGUCGCUGCGUGAGUGAGGCGAGAGUGGUCA